GCCUGCCUGGACCUCCCGGAGCCAGAGGGUAUGCCAGUCCCCCCGGCUCCGCGGUGGGGUCCAGGCCUGGCAUAAAGGGACCGCAGGGAGUAGUGGUGACGAUCUUGGAGCGAGGACCGUAGCCGAGUGGAAGGAAGCGGUUCUAUUGGACCCGCCGCCCUCCACCCCUGGAGGCGCUGCCCCGCCCCCUGCCAGUUGCACUCCUUUAAAUGGCCUGGGGCGCUAGGGAGGGGUGGGCGGGUCCGGCGUCUACGAGCCUGGGCGGAUGGCUCCGCCCAGCCAAUCGACGCCCUGCGGCGGGUGGGACUACAGCCAAUCGCGGCUCGCAGCUCGGCUCCGGGGCGGGGCUGGGUGGGCCCGAAGCCAGACGGAGAGGCCCUGCGGAGGUGAGCGAGGCCCUGGCCGGUCACUGGUGGAUCCCGGCACUGGCGGGUCGCGACGCUGUGGGCGUUCCAGGAGGUGGUCGUGGCGAACCUGGCAGCUGGGGGCAUCAUGGUGGGAGGCUUGAAGAGGAAACACUCUGAUUUGGAAGAGGAGGAGGAGAGGUGGGAGUGGAGUCCAGCAGGCCUUCAGAGCUACCAGCAAGCCCUGCUCCGCAUCUCCCUAGACAAAGUCCAGCGCAGCCUGGGCCCCCGAGCACCCAGCCUCCGCAGGCAUGUCCUCAUCCAUAACACCCUCCAGCAGCUGCAGGCUGCACUUCGCCUGGCUCCAGCCCCUGCCCUGCCCCCCGAGCCCCUCUUCCUGGGCGAGGAGGAUUUCUCCUUGUCAGCCACCAUUGGCUCUAUCCUCAGGGAGCUGGACACCUCCAUGGAUGAGACUGAGCCCCCUCAGAAUCCAGUGGCUCCCCUCGGCCUCCAGAAUGAAGUGCCACCCCAGCCUGAUCCAGUCUUCUUAGAAGCGCUGAGCUCCCGGUACCUGGGGGACUCUGGCCUGGAUGACUUCUUUCUGGACAUUGACACAUCUGCGGUAGAAAAGGAGCCCUCACGGGCCCCACCAGAGCCUCCUCACAACCUCUUCUGUGCCCCAGGUUCCUGGGAGUGGAAUGAACUGGAUCACAUCAUGGAAAUAAUUCUGGGGUCCUAAAACUGUGAUGGAGGGGAUCCUUUCUUGUGUCAUCUUCUGUGGCCUGGAUCCCUGAAUGCAACUCUGGGUGUGUGUUUUUGUGGGGGCUCUAAGCAGCGACUAUGGCCUCCUUUGUUCCCAUUUCAGGGUUCCACAAACUGUCUUGCAUGUGUGUGUGUGUCUGGUUACCCCAACCUUCUGUGAAGGCGGGUCUUCUGAAUUAAUUUAUCUAUUCCAAAUGCCUUAACGAGACUCUGUUUCUGGGAGUCUGAUUUUCCACUUAAACAUUUCUUCCACCUUUCCCGCUAGUUCCCACUCCCCUGUGACCACUGGGGCCUCAGGGAAGAUAAAAGAAAACUGGGCCUGUCGAAGGAUGACAGGGAUGUGCUGCCAGGUUGCUAUAGAAACCCAGGCUCUGCCUCUUGCACCUUGAGGGGGUGGGAGGGGCUGGUCUCCUCCCUCCAGGCUGAACCCCACUUCCUUGGCAGGACCCCAGUCUCAGCAGCCUCCUGAUUUCAUAACCAGGCCGGACCACGUGCAAUAGGGUGGAAACCAAACUGCUCCAUGCCACGUUAUUUAAAAGAAAGGCCGAGUUUGUGGUGACUUUUCUUUUUUUUGGAUUGUUUGUAAUUUUUUUUAAUAAAAGUAUUUUGGAAGGAG